AUGCGCGCCAUCCCGCGCGCGUCGGGUUCGCGAACGACGCCUUCGCGUUCGCGAACGACGGCGCGAACGACGGCGCGAACGACGGCGCGGUCGACGCGUGGAAAGGAUCGCGACGGCGAUCGCAUCGACGACGUCGACGCCUCGGACGCCGCGCGCGUGGACGCGCGCGAACGGGUGACGCGCUCGAAGCGACCGACGCGUCGGGCGCGCGUGGACGUGGACUCCGCGGCGGUGGCGGCGGCGCGCGGGACGGGGGAGAAGACGGCGACGGCGGCGACGGAGGAGGCGUACGUGCGGUUUCUCUCGGCGUACAUCGCGGUGAUCUUCGCGAUCGGGGUGGUGCUGGGGGCGAGCGCGUUCGGGGUUUUCCCGGAAUCCCUCGAUGGGUGGAUCGAGGGGACGCUCUAUCCGUUCUUCACGCCGUUCACGGGGGGGUUUUUGGUGUUUUCGAGCGCGUACGGGGUGAUCAAGACGCGGGACGAUCCUCGAACGAAGUGA